AUGCCCUCAACCGUCCAAAUACUAUUUCUGGCUGCCUUGCCAAUAUUAGGCGUAGCAGUAUUUUUCACCUGGGUCCAGACAUCCUUCUCCCCUCUGUGGGACACCUCAUCCUCUGCUCCCCAGGUGAAAAUCUCGCAGGGCCUUGUGGUCGGGACAAUAUUAGACAACAAAUUCCCAGCGCCUAUCGAGGCUUUCAUGGGGUUGCCUUAUUCGCAGCCACCGACCGGGGAGAGACGGUUCCGACGUGCAGUGCCGUUGCCAGAAUCGGAUAAGACCUUCAAGGCUCAAGAGUACGGGCAGAUUUGCCCUGGGAAGCAGCUGUUACAGGGAGUCUCUGCACCUAGUAGCGAGGACUGCAUGACGGUCAAUAUCUUUAGGCAGAAACCGGUACCUGGCAGAAACAAGCUGCCGGUUGCUGUGUACAUCCAUGGCGGUGCUUUCAAUAGGGGUAGCGCAAAAAUGCACAACACUGCAUCGAUGGUUGCGUGGUCUGAGAGCCCCUUCAUCGGAGUUAGCUUCAACUACAGAAUCGGCGCACUAGGCUUCUUGCCCUCCAAGAUUACGUUUGAGGAGGACAUUGUGAACUUGGGCCUUCACGAUCAAGUCUUUCUACUGAACUGGGUACAAGAUAACAUUGAGGCCUUUGGGGGCGACAAGAACGAUGUGACCAUCUUCGGACUUUCGGCUGGCGCUCAUUCGAUCGGACAUCAUAUCCUCAACUUCAGGGAAGGGGUAGCUCCUCUAUUCCACAAGGCCAUCAUUGAAUCCGGAGCUCCGACUUCCCGAGCUGUCCAUCCUUACGAUGCGCAAGUUCACGAAGAUCAGUUUGCACUAUUCGUCUCCAAAGCCGGCUGCUCAGAUGUCCACAGAAAAUCCAUAACAUCUUGCUUACGCUCCAAGCCCGAAAAGAGCAUCACCGAUGCCUCUACAGUAGUGUUUGACAAAUACAACCCCAGUCUCCGAUGGGCCUUCCAGCCAGCUAUUGACCACGCUCUGAUCCACGGCAGACCCAUCGACGUCUGGGGCUCCGGCAGAUGGAACAAAGUCCCCAUCAUGACGGGACACGUCACGAACGAGGGAACCUACUACGUACCGGUAUCGACCGCCACCUCCGAAGACUUCACCAGUUUCUUCAACGUGCUGCUCCCGCACUACUCCCCCGCCGAUCUCGCCAGCAUCAACUCCCUGUACCCGGAUCCCUCCACGGACAGGCACUCCAUCUACGCGGAGACCAGAGACAUGGACGCUCUCGGUAUCGGGCCACAGUUCAAGCGGGUGGAAGCCGCGUAUGCGCACUACGCCUACGCCUGCCCUGUCCGCCAGACCGCGGACAUGGCGUCCGCUGCUCUCCACGGCCCCCCGCCGGUCUGGGUCUACCACUGGGCGCUCAACAAGACGGUCAAGGGGGGCGCGAACCACGGCGACAACAUGUACUACGAGAGCUUUGCGGAGGAGGUCACCAGCAUUAGCGAGGCGCAGAAGGAGGUCUCGGGAAAGUACCACGCCUACGUGACGAGUUUCAUUACGGAGGGCGAUCCGAAUGUUGUUCGAGGUCGGUAUGCAGACAGGCCAAGGUGGGAGAGGUAUGAGAGGGGGGAGGAGAGGGUUAUGACGUUUGGUAAGGGGAAUGAUGAGAGGGCUGGUGGCGGCGAGGUCGGAGUUGCGGCACAGAUGGCCGGCAGCGAGUGGAUCAAGAAGGAGUGUGCGUUCUGGUGGAAGAAGAGUCAUGAUACGGAGGAGUGA